UCUAGCAGGGUCCCCCACCUACACAAGAUGUCUUGGAAGAUCCAGUUCGCCAGGGCCGACGCGUUUUCUCGACGGAGCAUCCUCCAUUCUGGGUAGUGCGUCAGCGAGCAUCGACCCUGGACAAUGUACUUGAAGCCGCCGCUCGUGGGGAGAUGCAUUGUAUCCAUGUACAUCUUGGCGAAAAUGGGCGCUGGUACCGCGACCGUCGGAGGUCCGGACGAACGACGCAAUAUCAUCGGCCAUGUGAGGCCACCAAAACCGUUCGGACAGACCAUCGCUGCUCCGGUGUCACUACCACCUUGUGACGCCCAUACAAACGGCUGGUAUUCUGUCUCCGUCAUAUCGCAAGGUCGCUCCAGUGUUCCAUGCCAAAUCCGGACUUGGUCCACCCGGUAGUCUGCUCGUAACGCCGUUGCCGAUCUUGGUAUCUCUGGCGACGCUUCACUUGCUUCUUCUUCGUCCAAGGUUCCGGCCAUGAAUACGGAGGAAGUCCACGGCACGUAGCAAGUAACGUAUG